GCAGAACACAAACUGAUAUCAGCUUUUUUAAAGUAACAGCCUUGCAAGCUUGUUACGAUUUGUGGGUUCUAUCAAUCAGCGGUUGUACAACAAGUAGCGUGCGAGGUAGCGUGCGCAUAUCACGGGCUGUAAAAUUGACGGGAAUUAUGACGUCAUCAAUUUAGUGAUGACGUCAUUCUUUCGAGCGAUCGCUUCAUGCGGCUCUGUCUCCGUUAAGCCAGCCAUGACUGUGGCUGGCACGAAACAGCCUGAAGACAACAGCACCAAAACAGUUAUACAAGUCGAAGCACUUCCAGAACACAAGGUAAAGUAGACAAGAAUUUACAAUAAUUUACAGUAGGCUUUCCUGUUAUAUCUUCUCAAUAAUAUUCGACCAUUGUUUAAUUCAUUUACUUCCUUGUUCUAGCUUCUAAACCUAGACAUAGCUUAAUUAUGACUAUGAUUGCAUUAAAAUUUCCCGAUUUUAUAUUUGAACUGGGAAAAUUGAACUGUUUAUCUUCAUUAUUGUCUAUUUUUGCAGUUUAUGUAGCGAAAAUACAUGUCGGGGAAAGUGUUGUUAUAAGUCAAGGCAUCUCACGAGUGGGCAAAGCGAAAGAGAUAUCCUCUUCAAUGCGGAACUAAGUUUUAAUUUUCAAGCAUCCGUAUACAUACGUAAAAAUCUCACAACUUGUCAACAAGAUGUGUUCGCAACAGACUUGUAGCAAGCUUGACAACAAGUUGUAACAACGCCGUUAUUUUAUCAAGUUGCUACAAGAUUGUCACUCACAACUUGUUGACAAAUUGUUGAAUUGCAGGACGAUAACAAGUUGUUGGAACAACUUGUAACAAGUCUGUUGGGCUCAACAACCUUGUAGCAAGUUGCCAACAAAUCGUUGACAACUUGUCAACAAGCUGGGAACAAGCAGUGCGAACACAUCCUGUUGACAAGUUGUUGGAACAGCAUUGCUACAAGUCUGCUGCAGGUUUGUUACAACUUGUGCGUUUUUACGUGUGUACGAGGGUUCUGUGUUUUUAUGGAAAACAAAAUCAAAUUGUCCCGCUUUGCAAAAAUGAAACUACAGUGCUAGUUUAGUCACCGUUAAUCUUCACAUGAGCGAUUAGCGUAAAUAAUUAAUAGCCGUAUGUGACAAUAUAUCUUUUAUUAGUGCUAGAAAUAUCAAUAUUUUAUAUGAUAAUAGCUGAUGCCUAAAUAUUUAUAUUUUAUUUAUCUUGAAAUUUUAAUUUUCUGCAGCAUACAUUGAUCCCACGCACUUUUUAAAUUCCAGAAUGUUUUCCUUAUUAGAAUUAUUCGCACGUACCGACCUCUCCUAACUCUGGUUCAGACUGCUCGACGGAGAACAACGGCGCUACGGACUCCGGAAACACCGCACACGGCAAAGCCGUCUCGAUCACAAGCAGUAAUUCGUCGGUCAUUUGCCGUAUCUGUCAAGACAUGGACAAAACUGAGAACCUCAAGACGUUAUGUCAAUGUACUGGUAGUAUAGCCAAGUACCACGUAAGCUGUUUGGAAAAAUGGCUGAGUGUAUCUAAAACUGACAUCUGUGAAUUGUGUCACCAGCAUUUUACGACCAAACGCAAGCCAAGGCCUUUUUCUGAGGUACGUAUUAUAGGGAAAAGGCAAUAUAAAUUUUUAUUUUCUCAUUUGAAAGAACUUUUGAAACUAUAUCCUAACUUCUUUUACCGAUUUUUCAUAUCUUGCUUAGUUCUUGAAAUAUUUUCACUUGAAGUAAUGAGAUGUCAGCCAUCUUGGAUAAUGUUUUUAUCUCAUUGGCGGUAGUUUUGAUGACGUCACAACAGGGAUUAACCAUAUAAAAGUAUUCGUUGCUGACCCAAUAUUGAUUGGUAGAUGUUCUAAAGAUUUUGAGAUGUUCUAAAGAUCUUGAUAUUUCGAAGGGCAGACAGAGUAUUGUUUUGAGUGGAAAAUGAUUAGUGGUUGUCUAGAUAAAAAUAUUGCGUGACCCCUGUUGUGUUGUGACGUACAUGCAUAUCUACAAAAAUUGAAGAUGGCGGAUAUAGUCUUAGAUAUACAAGCAAUUACAGAUGAGACUUUAAACAUAGGUAGGCAUUAACGUUUGUUAUAUUUUAUAUUUCUAGUGGGUCCGUUGGGUGCAUGGUACAACGCAAAGUCGUUACAUCUACGGGGAUUUCCUAUGUCUUAUCAUUCUAACGCCGCUUGUUCUAGCGAGCGCAGCGCUGUGUUUUGAAGGUUCCUGGUACUACUUUUCUCUUGGUCAGCUGAUGAUUGCCACCGGACUGAUCACACUCUGUGCUUUCCUCGUGUUUCUCUAUGUCCUGUGGUUUGUACUCAGCGUACGAUAUCACGUGCAUCGCUGGCAUCAAUGGCGGAAAGAGAAUCAGGUUGUUGAAGUCAUUGUUCCUGAUACGAAAUCUAAGUCUAAAGGAAAACAUAAACAGCAACAAAAACAACAAGAAACUGUCGUGUGAAUUACAUAUAAAGUGAACUGAUUUACGUUAUAAUGUUGAAAAAGCAAUUCAAAAGCGUUUUGUUAUAUUGGUGCUUGUCACAGACACUUU